UCUGACCCCGGUGCUAAUCUGCAUUCAGACCGCGGCUCCUCCGGCUUGUUGUUUUCAGCUGCUCCAUGUUAGAAUAGCAUAUUACGGGGGGCGGGAGGAGGAGGGGGGUUCACCGUCUGUGGCCGUUUCUUCAGGGCCCACUGACAGCUGACAGGCAACCAAAAAAAGAAGAAGCGACGCGAAACCCACCUUUUCUACCUGCAUCGGGUUUUUUGUUGUUGUGUUGUCUGAUUUUCACGUCACCGCCUCGGGGCUCGAGACGCCGACCCGCCGCUGCGUAAUGUAUCGUGGAGAGGAAACACAGUAACGAGACACGGACACGUCCAUCUGCAAGAAAGAGACAGCGAAGAUGGUGACGACGACGACGACGAUGAUGGUGGUGAUGAUGGCUCCGAUGAAUUUUGCCUCCAAAUGCUCGACAGCAAUGGCGAAGCCGUCCCGGCCCCUGCAGCUGCUCCUCUGGCUGCUCAUCGCCGCGUCUCUCCCUGCGAGCUCCUUCCAGAACGAAGAAGACGAUGAUGGGGCGAACAAGACGUGGGUGCUGACCCCCAGAGUGUUCGAGAGCGACGUCACACACAUCCUCAACAGCCUCCUGGACGGCUACGACAACAAGCUGAGGCCCGACAUCGGAGUGAAACCAACGGUGAUCCACACGGACAUGUUCGUCAACAGCAUCGGGCCGGUGAACGCCAUCAACAUGGAAUACACCAUCGACAUCUUCUUCGCCCAGACGUGGUACGACCGCCGGCUGAAGUUCAACAGCACGAUGAAGGUGCUGCGUCUCAACAGCAACAUGGUCGGGAAGAUCUGGAUCCCGGACACCUUCUUCCGCAACUCCAAGAAGGCCGACGCCCACUGGAUCACCACGCCCAAUCGUAUGCUUCGUAUCUGGAACGACGGUCGGAUCCUCUACACCCUCAGGUUGACCAUCGAUGCCGAGUGUCAGCUCAAGCUGAACAACUUCCCGAUGGACGAGCACUCGUGUCCCCUGGAGUUCUCCAGCUAUGGAUACCCCCGGGAGGAGAUCAUCUACAAGUGGAAGAGGAGCUCGGUGGAGGUGGGGGACAUCCGGUCCUGGAGGCUCUACCAGUUCUCCUUCGUGGGCCUGAGGAACACCUCCGGCAUCAUCAGGACCGUCUCAGGAGACUACGUGGUGCUGACCGUCUUCUUCGACCUCAGCCGGCGGAUGGGCUACUUCACCAUCCAGACCUACAUCCCCUGCACCCUGAUCGUGGUCCUCUCCUGGGUCUCCUUCUGGAUCAACAAGGACGCGGUACCCGCCAGGACGUCACUGGGCAUCACCACGGUGCUGACCAUGACCACGCUGAGUACCAUCGCCAGGAAGUCCCUUCCCAAGGUGUCCUACGUGACGGCCAUGGACCUGUUCGUGUCCGUGUGCUUCAUCUUCGUCUUCGCCGCGCUCAUCGAGUACGGCAUGCUGCACUACUUAGUGAGCAACAGGCAGCCGAGCACCAAGAAGAACCGCAAGAGGAGGAACCCGCUCCUCCGGCUCUUUUCCUCAAAGAAGAAACCCACGGUGGACAUCCGCCCGCGCUCGGCCACGGCCAUCCAGAUGAACAACGCCACGCACAUGCAGGAGCGGGACGAGGAGUACGGCUACGAGUGCCUGGACGGGAAGGACUGCACCAGCUUCUUCUGCUGCUUCGAGGACUGCCGCUCCGGCGCCUGGCGGCACGGCAGGUUGCACAUCCGCGUGGCCAAAAUAGACUUGUACGCACGCAUCUUCUUCCCCACUGCAUUCGGCCUCUUCAACCUGGUGUACUGGGUGUCCUACCUCUAUCUCUAGGCCUCGUCGCGUGUCGCUCGUCACAUCCUACAUCAGCGCCGUGCCAGCAGAGGACUUUGAGAAGGAGGAGACCACUGAAACACCCACGCUUUGGAGUCACAGCAUUUCCUUUAAUUGUAGUUUUUAAAACCUCUCGAGUUCUCUUUUUGUUGUUGAAAACUUUAACAGACAUUGCAAAUGUUGUAGCAUUACAUUCAAACCGGUAUGAGGAGGUGUGUAGAUGAGUGAUUGUCUAAGCAAUUAGGAGGUUUCUUUUCUUCUUCCUGGCUUUUAUGAUAUGAUUUUUUGGGACUUUUUAUUUUGAGUUUCCUUUCCGUUUCCUCACAAUGGGACUUCUACUAAUUGCUUUAUUGUAAGACAAAUGCAUCCCUUCCAUAGAAAAAACGAUUAAAAUGAAAAGCAAUUCAUAUCACGUCACGCGCCUGGAAAAAAAGAAAAGGCAUUAUUUAUGUCUAAUCAUUUUCACUUUUGUUUUUCACUAAAAAAAACUAAAUCUGAAGCACUUUAAUAGAGCUUUGUUUGACUGUGAUGCUAAUUUAUUUUUAAUUUAAUUAGCUUUAGCAUCGGCACAAUUAAACAUUGCAUUAUUUUCCACGUGUGGUCAGAGACUGCGAGACAAAGCUGUUUAUGGGAAAUGCUCAACUGUACAGACACUGUAUAUAUUUUACUAUUACAUAUUUACAUUUAUUGCAUGCACCUUUAAGGCCCAAAAAAAAUCAACAUCUUUUAUGGUCUUCUGUUGUUGGCUAUGGAAAAAAAAUAAUGAAAAAUUAGCACUGUUGAUUCACAUUUAAGAUUUAAUUCAAUUAUUUUCUAGGAAAAUUGGAAGAGGAAAAUGGUAAAAAAACAAAAGUGCCCGGUUUAUCCUUUUAAGUUGAGGAUUCAUCCAUGCGUCAGGUAGGAGGAGCAGAACCGGUUAAAUCUAGUUUCAUCACAGCUGCAGUGAAGUCAACAUGACCUCUGACCUCAGGAGAAUGCAUUUAGUUAGAUAAUGACACCCUGCUGGUGUAGUUGAGUAAUGCAGCUUUUACAAAACAAAUCGUGUUUGAUGUUUUCUUUCAAAACAAACAACUCACUGUUUCCCCGAAAGCUGCAAAGAGGAAUUCAAACCUCUCUCCACUUUAAUGUGAAUACAGACAGCCGGCGGGUAUUCUGACAACAACAACAAAACAGAAGAAAUGAUAUCAAAGUACAAAACAAAGCCUGUUAAGUUGAGAAUAGAUGUGUAAACUGUAUUACGAAGCAUCUCCUUUCUCGGAGGAACGCACGAUGACACAGUGAAGACAUUCAUUCACUGGAUAGCCAGAGUAAUUUCAUCAUUCUUGCAUUUGUUUUGCCAUUUUCCCGAUAAAAUGAUCUUGAAUGCCGUAAUGUGACGAGAGCAGAAUGUUGUGUUCACGGCGACGUGUAACGCACAACUCCGCUUACAGAUUACACUUUUGAUAGGCGCCAGUAUGCAACCCAUAGAGACAGUGCUUCAGGAUGAUGUAUGAACUCACAAAGGAGUGGCUGCAUAUCACAUUGUUUAUGUACAUAAAUUAUGAACACAAGAAAACACUCAUCCAGCCCUUGGGAUUUUGAAAAAAAGGGUAUAUAUAUAUACAUAUAUAUAUAUAUAUAUAUUUUGUAAUUUCAGCAUUGUUACAGUAUAUCAUCAUACAGUAUUUAGACUUAUUGUAUUACGCUGGAGCGGCCGUGUACAAUACGUUGGGGGCGGGGGGGUAUUUAUUUAUUUAUAUAUUCAUUAAUGGUAUUUAUUUAUUUAUUUUAUUGAAAAAAUAAAUGUAUGUUAUGUUCAUAUAGCCCCUGAAAAGAAGCGCAGAACGCUGUCGUUUCCAUCAAAGAGACGUUUGAGUCGGGCGUGUCGGCGCAGCUCAUCUCGUGUGUCCAUGUCGUGAUGUGCGUUACGCUCACAGACGCCCGGCACACUUCUUACACGUUCACUGACUGAGUUGCAACGUUCACUUUUUUUUUUUUUUUGCAGCUUCUGCAACAAACACACACAAAAAGUCACCAGACACCAGAAGAAGAACAUUUGCUCGUCUCUGUGACUCUUAUAUAUUUGUCCACCUCCUCCAGCUUUGGUAUUUCCCAUCAAUGAUGAUAUGAUGCAUUACCCAGGUGAUCUCAUAUUUCCUAAAGUUCUUGAGGGACGUCGUCAUCCGUGUAGUUUAGAGUGUAAAAGAGUGAUCACAUGUCAUCGAGUGCCAAACAGACACACACACACACACACACACACACACACGCGCAACAGAGAAUAUCAAUCCCAAAUAUCAUUUGUGAAUCUGCUUUUACGGUCUUGAAGAAAGAAAAAAAAACACAACGUAUUCUCAAAGCCAGGCACGUGCACAGGUAGACCCCUAGUGGUGCUCAAGCUCCUCCCAUAGUGGUGCUCAAGCUCCUCCCCUAGUGGUGCUCAAGCUCCUCCCCUUUUGCCCUGGAUGAGCAAAGUGCCCUUUCUGUUGGAGCCAUAAGUAUUUAAGAAUAAAAAAUUACUCUCUUUGUCAUCAAUUCCCCUCAAAUGUGUUUGGAUAUCCGACGGGGCUUUUAUUUGAUUUCUUGUGAGGAUUUCGCCCCGAGAUGCUCCGCCCCCCUCCUCCUCCUCCUCCUGCGUUUAUUAUGGCAUUGUUCGCUCCUAUCAUUUUGUAAAUGAAAAGAAACUGUAAUUGUUAGUAGAAAACAUGUCAUUUUGGUGAGCUCUUCUCGCGACACAAUAUGUUUCAGGUGUUGCCUAGCAACCAAUUACUUAACUUUAAGUUACAGUGAUCAAUAGAUGAAUAAUUUUGGCGAUGGGUGCACUUUUUUGGGGGGGGGGGUUUGAGCACCUGCCCCCCCCGACGUGUCUGUGCACCUGCCUGCUCAAAGUGUCAUGCAGCAGAAGUCGACCACACCACAUGUUCUCAGACGUUUCUUCUUCUUCGUUGGUACUCAUCCAAAAGCAUCGGGACGAUUGUUUGAAUGUAGACCGAUAAGUAAUAAUCAUAAGACUGACUGAACAUCAGGGUGCAGAACUCAGACGUGCUCUCCUGGCUUUCAUUAUUGACAUGAUGGUAUAAAAGCUUGUUUAUGAUGAGUGUCUCAUGCGUGUGUGCCCUCUAAAGCCCGAUGGGAGACACGGGGUACACUCCUGGUGCAUGCUGGGUAUGUUUUCAGUGCUUUGCCUGCAUUGACGUGUACUUUUUUUACACUCUGCUUACUUUUCACGGGAGUGAUUUUUUUAUUAUUUUGGGACCCACAAUGAGACAAAAUAUGAGAAACGCACAUUUUCUAUUGAUAUGUUUGUGAAACCGGUGAAAGCUGAAGGAUCCACACCGGAAAGCUCGACGGCAUCAGAACUACGUCACGCGAUCCUCACACACGCAUUAUGUUAGUUGUUUGUCAUCUAUGUAUAUUGACUAUUGUUGAAAAAAAAAAUGUAAAAAAAGGGGCACCGAUCAAUUAUGUUAGCAUUAUAUACUAUACAUGUACUGGAAAAAAUCCUUUUCAUAAGGGAAUGGCACAUCGCUGUGGACUUUUACAAUAAAAUGGUUGGAUUCAUCACUCUU